AUGGAAAAGAAAAAUAGUUAUAAAACAGUGUUAUUAGGAGAGUCUUCAGUAGGAAAAUCAAGUAUAGUGUUACGUUUAACAAAAGAUACAUUUCAUGAUAAUACAAACACAACAAUAGGUGCUUCAUUUUGUACGUAUGUAGUUAAUUUGAAUGAAUUAAAAGUAAACAAUAGUAAUAUAAAUAUAAAUAAUAAUACUAUAAAUGAAAAUAAUGAUAAUAAUAAUAAUAAUAACGAAAGCAUAUGUAAUAUAAAAUUUGAUAUAUGGGAUACAGCAGGACAAGAAAGAUAUGCAAGUAUCGUUCCUUUAUACUACCGGGGUGCUACAUGUGCUAUAGUAGUUUUUGAUAUUAGUAAUUCAAAUAGUUUAGAUAGAGCUAAAACAUGGGUAAAUCAAUUAAAAAUUAGUAGUAAUUAUAUUAUAAUUUUAGUUGCAAAUAAAAUAGAUAAAAAUAAAUUUCAAGUGGAUAUGUUAGAAGUACAAAAGUAUGCUCAAGAAAAUAACUUACUUUUUAUUCAAACAAGUGCUAAAACAGGAACGAAUAUUAAGAAUAUUUUUUAUAUGCUUGCAGAAGAAAUAUAUAAAAAUAUUAUAAAUAAGAAAGGUAGCAUAGACAGUACUAUAAAUAAAAACUUAAUAAACUUAGAUAAAGAAAAAAAUCAAAAAAAAAGUUGUUGCUAA